GCAAGAUUCAACGAUGGUCGUUGACGAGGAGGAAGGAGCAGCUCCAACCACCGCUAGCAAGCAGCCACCUGAGGAGAUUGUCGACAUCACUGAGGCCCCGGACGACGAAGUCUCGCUCUACACCAUGUACGAUGUCUCUCACCCCGUUACCAUCCGACUUGGAGUUACAUUGCACGACGAUGCAGUCGUAGCCCUAGUCGACAUCGGGUCUACACACAACUUCGUGUGCAGCGAGGCCGCGUGCAGAUUGUUACUAAAGACGACACCAAUUCCACCAUUUCAGGUUAAGGUCGCCAACGGUGAAACCCUCGCCUGCACUCGCUAAUACGAAGAGAUGCCCAUAACCUUCCACCAAGAACUAAUGGAAGUAGAUCUAUAUGAGCUACCAAUUAAUGGAAUGAAUUUGAACUGAGGAU